AUGGGCUUGUUCGCAAGUUUCCUUAAUACUUUCUGUGAGCAUUGCUCAACACAGUCUGUCUACACUUUGGCCACCGUGGGCGCAUUGUCCUUCAUCGCCCUAUCCAUCGUCGUCAAUGUCUUCCGCCAAUUGUUCCUCAAGAAGGCCCAUGAGCCCCCAGUGGUCUUCCACUGGGUCCCCUUUGUAGGAAGUACCAUCAGCUAUGGUAUGGACCCGUACGCCUUCUUCGACCAGGCACGCGCAAAGUACGGCGACAUCUUCACGUUUGUCCUCCUCGGCAAGAAGACCACCGUCUACCUCGGCACCAAGGGAAAUGAGUUCAUCCUCAAUGGCAAGCUGCGCGAUGUCAACGCCGAAGAAGUCUACUCCCCCCUCACCACCCCCGUCUUCGGUCGUCACGUCGUCUAUGAUUGCCCCAAUGCCAAGCUCAUGGAGCAGAAGAAGUUCGUCAAGUUUGGUCUCACCUCGGAGGCGCUUCGCUCUUAUGUCCAACUGAUCACCUCUGAGGUCGAAGACUUCAUCAAGACCUCCCCCGCUCUCCAGGAUCCCAAGGGUACCUUCAAUGUGUCCAAGGUGAUCGCCGAGAUCACGAUCUACACUGCCUCUCGUUCGCUGCAAGGAAAGGAAGUUCGCGACCGCUUUGACUCGACUUUCGCGGAUAUGUACCACGACCUCGACAAGGGCUUUGCUCCGAUCAACUUCAUGCUUCCCUGGGCCCCUCUCCCCCACAACCGCAAGCGCGACGCGGCCCAGAAGAAACUGACCGAGACUUACACGGACAUCAUCAAGGCGCGCCGCACUGCGGGUGAAAAGAAGGACUCCGAGGACAUGGUUUGGAACCUGAUGUCUUGCAACUACAAGAACGGAAACCCCAUCCCGGAUGAGGAAAUUGCCCACAUGAUGAUUGCGUUGCUGAUGGCCGGCCAACACUCCUCGUCCUCAACCGCUGCCUGGAUCGUUCUGCGUUUGGCCACCUGCCCCGAGCUGGUAGAGGAGCUUUACCAAGAACAGCUCCAGGUGUUGGGCUCUGAUCUUCCUCCCCUCACCCAUGAGAGCCUCAACAAGCUGGAUCUGCACGCCAAGGUCAUCAAGGAGACCCUGCGUAUCCACGCUCCCAUUCACUCCAUCAUCCGCGCCGUCAAGAACCCCAUGCCCGUGGAAGGAACCAACUUUGUGAUCCCUACCACUCACAACGUGCUGUCUUCUCCCGGUGUGACUGCUCGUUCGGCCGAGUUCUUCCCCGAGCCCCUCAAGUGGAACCCCCACCGUUGGGACCAGGCCGAACUUCCCAAGGACGAAGAUGAGGAGCAGAUCGAUUAUGGAUAUGGUCUGGUCACCAAGGGCACAAACAGUCCUUACCUGCCAUUCGGUGCUGGCCGUCAUCGCUGCAUUGGUGAGCAGUUCGCCUAUGUGCAGCUGGGCACAAUCCUGGCUGCGCUGGUGAAGCAUUUCAAGUUCUCCAACCCCAGCAGCGAAACCCCCUUCCCCGAUACUGAUUACUCGUCCCUGUUCUCUAAGCCCGCUGGACAAUCAUUUGUUCAGUAUGAGAAGCGUGGAGUCAAAGCAUAA